GAUAUUGUGGUUUCUAAAGCUGAACUUAAAAAGUGUUGAGAUGAAUAAGGAAGAGGACCUUCUGCAGGAGGACUCAACAAGAGAUGAAGGCAAUGAGACUGAAGCCAACAGCAUGAAUACAUUAAGAAGGACAAGAAAGAAAGUCACUAAACCACAUGUUUGUUCAACUGAAGUGGGAGACAUGGAUAUGUCCAAUUCAAACGAUUGCAUGAGGGACAGCAGUCAAAUUUUGACCCCACCUCAACUCUCUUCUAGAAUGAAACACAUUAGACAAGCCAUGGCCAAAAAUCGCCUCCAGUUUGUACGAUUUGAAGCAACAGACCUCCACGGCGUGUCCAGGUCUAAGACUAUCCCUGCACACUUUUUUCAAGAGAAAGUGAGCCAUGGUGUUUGCAUGCCCCGAGGUUAUCUUGAAGUGAUACCAAAUCCUAAGGACAAUGAAAUGAAUCACAUAAGAGCCACAUGUUUUAAUAGUGACAUAGUCCUAAUGCCAGAGUUAUCAACCUUUAGAGUUUUGCCAUGGGCUGACAGAACUGCAAGAGUGAUAUGUGAUACCUUCACUGUGACUGGUGAGCCUCUUUUGACUUCUCCAAGGUACAUUGCAAAGAGGCAGCUGAGCCAGCUGCAGGCCUCUGGCUUUUCCCUGCUUUCUGCUUUCAUCUAUGAUUUUUGCAUUUUUGGUGUGCCCGAAAUUUUAAAUUCAAAGAUUAUAUCUUUUCCUGCUUCAACAUUUUUAAAUAACCAUGAUCAGCCCUUCAUGCAGGAACUUGUUGAUGGCUUGUAUCACACUGGAGCCAAUGUCGAGAGUUUUUCCUCCUCUACCAGGCCUGGUCAGAUGGAAAUCUCUUUCCUGCCUGAAUUUGGCAUUAGCUCAGCUGAUAAUGCAUUUACCCUCAGAACAGGUGUCAAAGAAGUGGCAAGGAAAUAUAAUUACAUUUCCAGCUUCUUCAUUGAGACUGGAUUUUGUAAUUCAGGGAUUUUGUCUCAUAGUCUCUGGGAUGUCGAUAGGAAGCAAAACAUGUUCUGCAGCACUUCUGGAAGUGAGCAGCUCACGAUCACUGGGAAAAAAUGGUUGGCAGGACUCUUGAAGCACUCUGCUGCACUCAGCUGCCUGAUGGCACCUUCUGUUAGCUGCCGAAAGCGUUAUUCCAAGGACAGGAAAGACCUGAAGGAGAGUGUGCCUACAACAUGGGGAUACAAUGACAACAGCUGUAUAUUUAAUAUCAAAUGUCAUGGAGAGAAAGGCACCCGGAUAGAAAAUAAACUAGGCUCAGCAACAGCAAACCCUUAUUUGGUGCUGGCUGCAACUGUUGCUGCAGGCUUAGAUGGACUUCAUAGCAGUAAUGAGGUCUUGGCUGGUCCAGAUGAGAGCACAGACUUGUACCAAGUGGAACCUUCUGAGAUCCCUUUAAAACUAGAAGAUGCCCUUGUGGCACUGGAAGAAGAUCAAUGCCUGAAACAGGCUCUAGGAGAAACCUUUAUUCGAUAUUUUGUUGCCAUGAAGAAAUAUGAGUUGGAGAAUGAAGAAAUAGCUGCAGAGAGAAAUAAAUUCUUAGAGUAUUUUAUUUAGAAUAGAGCUCACAACUACUCCUUUAGAGAUGUAACUGUUACUUAAAGCUAAUCUACCAAAACAAAAAGACUGAACUUUUGUAAUUAACAACAGCAACAAUAACAAGAUUAUGAAUGCUUUUGACUUUUUUUUUUUGUCCAUGGAAUAUUUGACAGAUGAAGUAGGACUGCUGAGAAGAUUCUGAUAACAGAAACAAACAACAAAGUUGUGGUGAAGCGAUAAUAUGCAAACUUAUCAGAUCUUGUCAGUUAGUCAUUUCCUAUGUGUAUGUUGACCUGGAUAAGAAUAUCCAAUUUUGGGGGGCAAUAAAUACAUUUGCACAUUAAGAAAAAAAAGACUUAAGCAUUAGAAAGCAAAAUUUAAAUGACUAAAAAAGAAAGAAAGAAAAGGAGAAAAAAUUUUAAUGGUACACAUAUGAUUUCCAGGGAGACAAAUAUACGAAUAUAGUCUCGCUAAUCAAAUAAUAUUGUGAAUCCAGGUUGUAUGCACCAUUAUGGUCUUUCUAAACAAGUUAAAUAAACUUUUGCCAAAAUAUAAUGACAGGUAGGCAGUUUUCCCCUAAGUCUCUUCUCUUUUCACCCUUUUCCACCAGCUCCUGAAAAGCUUAUGAACUUCAAGGUUAUAAUGUCCUCAAGAAACAAAUACCUAAGGAAUAGAAUUGGAGCUGGGAACAACGAGGUCAGAUUUUAAAAGUAGUUAAAGCCUUUCUUUUAACAAUGCCUCAUAUAGAAGUUCAAUACACAAAGUAUAGAUAGAAAGAAGUUUGUGUGUGAGGGUAGGUGGGCUCUGUCUACUCUGCUUCAUUCUUUGAAACUAUAUGUCCCCCUGAAACCUCUAGUGCUCUGUGGAGUGUGAGAACAACUGCCUGGCUAGCCAGGGCUAUGUUUGGAAUUUAAGUUUGUUAUUCAAAUUACUGAAUCUGCUGCUCACAUAGGUUGGUACCUCCCCAGAGAAUAUUACGUGUUCCAGGCCUUUGUUUGAAUGAGAUAAUAUUGUAACUAUCACAAAAGUUUAGCUUCUUUUGAGAAGAAGUCCAAAAUCCACUUACUAGCAAAUGAAACAUUAUUCCACUGCUUAGGAUCAAACAGCAGAUUUUAUGUUCAAUUAAAACUGACUGUGGUCUCAAUUUAGAUAGCAAACACACAAGCAGAGGAUUAGAAUUUGGCUCAGAUCCUCUUAUUAAAAUUCAUAGUACUCAGUAGCUUAAAUAGUGAAAGUCAGUCUAUCCUUCACUAAUUACUCCUUUCUUUUCUCCUUUGAGCAGGAGAAGUGUGUUUAGAUACAUAAGAAGAAAGUUCCCAGCACUUUGGGAGGCCAAGGCAGGAGGAUUGCUUGAGGCCAGGAGUUUGAGUCCAGUCUGGACCACAUAGUGAGACCGCUGUGUCUACAAAAAAAAAAAAAAAAAAAAAAAUGCCUGGCAUGGUGGCACAUGCCUGUAGUCCCAGCUACGUGGAAGGCUGAGAAGGGAGGAUCGCUUGAGCCUGGGAGUUUGAGGCUGCAGUGAGCCAUGAUCCCACCACUGCACUCCAGCUUGGGUGGCAGAGUGAGACACUGUCUUGAAAAAAAGAAAAGAAUAAAAUUCAUGGAUGCAUAUGGGGUAGAGAGAAAGAUAGUGUAGGGUAGGUGGGGGAAGGAAGGGAAUCUGUCCAGAAACCUCCAGAAUGAAAUCCCACACAUUACAUCAUGGGAGGGAUAAGGAAGACUCUCAUGCCAAUUUUCUAGCUGUCUGCUAGAAAAUUCCCCUCUGUUCAUUUUCCCCUCUGUUCUCAGUAAUAAAACCUCAAUAUGUUCUUUGAAAGCAAUGAAAAAUGAAAUGAUAUUUCUGAGCCUUCAUUAAGGUUGGAUGUGGUCAUGUUAUUAGGUUCAGUGCAAAGAUGUGAAAGUAGAAGUGUUUCAUGUAAGUUCUUUAGGACAUUUUCUUUUCUUGUAUUUUUUUUUUUUUUCCGAGAUAGAGUCUCGCUUUGUCACCCAGGCUGAAGUGCAAUGGCGGGGUCUUGGCUCACUGCAACCUCUGCCCCCUGGGUUCAAGCAAUUCUCCUGCCUCAGCCUUCCAAGUAGCUGGGAUCACAGGUGCCUGCUACCAUGCCUGGCCUUUUAGUAGAGAUGGGGUUUCACCAUGUUGGCCAGUCUGGUCUUGAACUCCUGAACUCAGGUGAUCAGCCUGCCUUGGCCUCCCAAAGUGCUAGGAUUACAGGCGUGAGCCACCAUGCCCUACCACACUUCAGGACAUUUUUUUAAAUGACGGAUGCUGUGUACUCUGCCCUUUCUCUCUCUUGCUGCCUUCACCCUUCCUGCUGACUGGCCUACAGAUAAUGUGGCUAGGAUAAUGUCCUUGGGAAGGGAGGUUUGCUCCACAGGGUGCAGUAAUAAGGUGGAACCUCUGCUUUGUAGAGCAGUUUGACUUGCCUACAUCCAGAUGUUUACCUGAGAGAGAACCAAACUUCUAUCUUCUUUAAGCCACAAUGAUUUUGAUUCUUUGUUAGUUGCAAUGAAAUUUAUUUUCUCUUUUCCAUGUGUGUGUUGUAUGUGUGUUUGUGUGUGUGUGUGUGUGCAUAUGAGUGGAGAAUUUGAAGGAUUUGGGGAUGAAAGAAUAAAGGUAUAAGAACCAGUGAAAGACCACUUCCUCAAUAUUCCCACUUCUAGAGAGGAUAAUCUGAGUUAAUCAAAGGGAUCCACACAUGAAAAAAAUGGGAUUGGCUCUAACCCAUCCCUAUAAAGUGGCAUAUCCCUUUAGAGUCCACAGGCCUUAAUGAAACAUGUCUAAUGCAUUGACUUCAUUUUACCAUAAUGAGUAAAGAUGCUGUAAAAAGUCUGAUAAUCACAGUGUUUGAAGCCCUUUUUUCUCCUUUCACAUUAUUAGCAUAACUUAAAAACACAGUACUCAGGAUGCCAUGUGAAGGAAUUAUAUAAUUAGGAAUAUUAUCUUCAGUAUUAAGUGUACAGUAGUGAGUCAAAGAAAAUAUUCAGCCAUAGAUUACAAAUCAGUUGAUAACGUAAGUUGGUGUAGCAGUCUCCAUCAAGAUUUCAGUUAGGUGUGUGAUGAUGUAUAUUCUUGUUCUUUAAGGCAACCCAAAAAGAGGCAUUGGCCAGCAGAGUUCAGGGCCAAAGACAAAUUGGGGUAGGUACAUGUAAAAAUCAGUUAUCUAUUUUUGUAUUUCUUUCAUCUGUUCAUAGGCUUUCUAUUGUUGAAGGGACUUUCUGCUGAUGCUUCUACCUUCUUGGUCUGGGUUAAGAGGGUCAGACAUUCAUUCAGCAGCACUUAUUGGGCACCAUUUGUGUGCUAAGCCUUCUUCUGGGAGCCAUCAUACUAGGGGAGACCAAAACAAAGAUGAGCAGACAAUGAAAGAGUUUUGGAUCUGUGUAUCUUAAGCAGAACAUAAAUAAUUUUUUUGUAGGCCUAAUGCUGAAAAAAACUAUUUGGAAAGCUUCUUUAUGGCUCGAAAAGGGUGCUUUAUAAAUAGCUUUACAAAAAUUACUUUCUUAUUUUCAUUUACUAUAAUUGUUCUAAUCAAAGCUUAGGGGAAAAUGUGAUUACUGAAUUUAAAGUUUGUUAUUAAAUGAGUAUACAUAAGAAAUGUAAAUUAAAAGCGAUAAUGUUUUAAGACUAGAAACUAAAACAUUAGUAUUGUAGUAAUAAGUUUCUAUUUUCAAGGACAUUCUAUAAUAUAAAAUUUCAUUUUACAGUGUGUGAAUAACAACAACGCUUGAAAUGAUUAUUUGAAGGCAAUGAAAGAUCAAAAAACUUUAAUCUGAAUAAAAAUUGAAAGCAUACAGUGAAGUCUGAGCUUAUCAGUAAAACAGAACAGUCUAUUGACAUAUCUCCGUCACCUGUUUGACAAAAUAAGCUUACCAAUAUGUUUAUGAUAUAGGUAUGACUGGACAAUACCUUUAACCUUGGGUUUUCUAUUACAGGGGUAAGAAUUUGUGUCUUUAAACAUUACCUAUGUGCACAGUGCCUUCCCUGUUAAAGCUCUUCUCAUGCUGCCUAUAAUUAGCGGUUUACAUGAUACUUCCUAAUUGCUAAUUAGGAUGUGAAUUCUCAGAAUAAAAGGUACAGAUCUUACUUA